GUGAGUGCACAUGUGCCAAUGAAUACAGCUGCCACACAGUGGGAGGGAUUCCACACUUUAAAUCAACAAAAGAAAGAAAGAAAGAUUAAACUCUAAAACAGAAUUACACUUGUCCUGUUGGAAACAGAAGCCGCAGAGAAGAUAACGUGUUGAAUCAUCACCGUAUAAAUACAGACCAGCUACUGGAGGAGCUCAACUUGUGAACUGCCAUGGCUCCCAGCUUGGCCCAAGCGUACAGGAGGAGGUGGUGGAUGGCUAUCACAGCCAUUAUAGAAAACCUCCUCUUUUCUGCUGUUCUGCUGGGCUGGGGCUCACUGCUCAUCAUGCUGAAGAAUGAAGGCUUCUACUCCCACCUUUGUAUUGAAAAUGAGACUGUCAAUACCAACGUGACCUCCAUGCAGAGCGGUAACUGGCGGAGUUGUGUGGAGCAGGAAGAGGUGUUGAACCUUGGCUUCACCAUCGGCUCCUUCCUCUUGAGUGCAGCCACUUUACCACUGGGGAUCUUGAUGGACAGAUAUGGACCGCGCCCACUGAGGCUCAUUGGCAGUUCCUGUUUUGCAGCCUCCUGUGCAAUGAUAGCUGCCGCUGCAUAUGACCCUGAAGUGUUGUCUGGCCUCAUCUUCCUCGCUGUCUCCUUCAACGGCUUUGGAGGAAUCUGCCUGACCUUCACCUCACUCACACUGCCUAACAUGUUUGGGAAUGUACGAUCCACAGUCCUCUCCCUGAUGAUCGGCUCCUACGCUUCUUCCGCCGUCACCUUCCCUGGUGUCAAGCUGAUUUAUGACCUGGGUGUGUCGUUCCGCAUCAUCAUGUGGGUUUGGUCUGCUAUGGCCUGCGUAGUCUUCAUCAACUGCUUCCUAAACUGGCCUGCUGAGUCCUUCCCUGCACCUGAAGACAUCAGAUACACUAAAAAGGUGAAGCUCAGUGGAGUUGUGAGCGAGGACAAGAUGACUGGGGACCGGUACGUUACCCAUGUGACUGUCAUGGAAGACAUGAUGGCACCUAAGCAGCCAGAACCCGAGCAGACAGACUCCCAAAGCACAACCCAGGGCUCGCUGCCACUCGGACAUUCUGUGUGCUCGCCCAUCUUCCUGUGGAGUCUCAUCACCAUGGCAAUGACCCAGCUGAGGCUGAUAUUCUUCAUGGGUGCCAUGAACAAGAUGCUGGAGUUCCUGGUCACCCAUGGCCAGCCCAACCCCUCAGAAGAGCUGCAGCAGCAGGUGGAGGAACAAGUUGGUUUCUACUCAUCUAUCUUCGGUUCAAUGCAGCUGCUGUGUCUAUUCACCUGUCCUUUGAUUGGAUACAUCAUGGACUGGAGGUUGAAGGAGUGUGAAGAGGAAAAUGCAAACACACACACAGAGAAGAGGCAAUCAGAUCCCACAAAGAGAGACAUAAAGAUCCAGAAACUGACCAAUGCCAUGAGAGCUUUCAUCUUCACCAACCUCUUAUUGGUCACCUUCGGAAUCAUUUCCUUGAUUGACAACAUGCCCAUACAGGUGGUGUCGUUUGUUCUGCAUACCAUAGUGAGAGGAUUUAUCCACUCUUGCUGUGGAGGUCUUUAUGCUGCUGUGUAUCCAUCCAACCACUUUGGAACACUGACAGGCAUGCAGUCCAUGAUCAGUGCUGCUUUCGCCCUGCUCCAACAGCCACUGUUCAUACUGAUGGUGGGACACCUCAAUAGAGACCCUUACUGGAUCAAUGUGGGCCUUCUCAUCUUGUCCCUGGCUGGCUUCCUGUUGCCAGGCUAUCUAUUCUAUCACCGUAGAAACCUGAUGAGGGCAAAGGCAGAGUGUGAUAGGUUGGCUGCCAGCCAAUCAGACAAAGAGAAUGCUCCUCUAACCCAAUCAGAUGGUGGAACUACUAAGAGCCUAGCUAAUGGGCUCUCAGCUAAUGGCUACACAGAAAAUAACAGCGGUUAGUAGUAUAUGAAUAUUGUCGGGAUGUAAAUGCAACCUCACUCUACAUAUUGAGCAAAGUUUUCUUUUAUCUAUAUUUAAAACAUUAAAGUACUACAUUUUGGCAAUGGACCAGGAAGUUACAUUUGUAACCCUAAAGUCAUUUAGAUUCCAUCAUGUGAUCAUUUCAAAAUGACGUGUAAAGGUGGCUCAGUGCUUCACAGCAUGAACCUCAGCUCUGCAGGUACAUGUUGUUCUCCUGUUUGUGGGGGUUAGUUCUCCACAAACACCUAAAUACCCAUAGGUGAGCAUAUGUGCACAUGUGAUGGACAGGUGAUCUGCAUGCUGGGAAAGUUUCCAGUCCCCAAACCCUUGGCCCAAGCAUUAAGUGACAGAAGAACAUCAACAUUUAAGGACCAUACCGUGUUUCUGCACCUUUGAUCCUGUUUACUGUCACUCACAUACAGUAGCUCUACUAGAGCGUUUCCAAACAUUUUUCAAAACUUUUGUAUUCCAUCCAAUAAAGCAAGCCUACACACGCUAUACGUUAGGGUUAUGAGCAACAUUUGUCAUCUUGACAUAGCAAGACAGUUUAGACAUGUUUCUAAUGUCUACUUUAAAUAAUAGGGUCACAAUUGUUUAAGUCUGUCUAAAAAUAGUCAGGUGCCCAUAAAAUAAAGGUUAAUAAAUAAAUAAAAUAAAUAAAUGUGUACACUGAAUAAGGUUUGCUUGCUGUAAUCAAUACUCCUACUGGCUAUUAAAAGAUCUCUUCCUAAUGCACUGCUAUGGGAGUUAUGGGGGACAAAAUCCACCGUCAUGUUCUCAGCAAAAAUGUAAAUGUAAUGAGACUUCAGCAGUCGAAUCAGACGAAUCAAUGAACAAUGUUUCCCUGUUGAGCUGUAGGAUACAUUUCUGCAUGGAAAGUGGGUUGUGUCCCUGACAGUAAAACGUGCGGGAGGAGAUCUCUUCAUGGUCAGAAUGAACAGGAGGAAUGACUACAACAACCGAUGUUCAGAUGGGCUCUUCACUAUUAUUACAAAAAAAAGUGAACCUAUCCUUCUAAGAGUCAAUUAUAGAUCAUGACAAAACCUUCGAUCUCAGGAUAAUGAGAUGUUUAAAGUGAGACUGUGAUAAGAUUCUUUCUCGUACAAAUGGGAAGUCAAAUUCAUAAAUAUUGAAACACACUCUUGCUCAAUUCAAUAUACACUGAACUAAAUAUACACUGCUCCUUUUGCUGCUAAAGGUUAGCUGCUGUUCCAAACGUUAACUUGAUAUUACUCUAUGAUCACUAAGCCUCUCUUCUUGACAGUGAUUGCGCUUCCACAAGUUACACAGUCUGCCUUUAAAUUGUCAUGUUAAGAUAAUGGACCUAAAAAUAAGUAGCAACCACAGCCACUCUGUGCCUCCAUAUUUAACAUACUGUAGUAAACAUAUAGGGCUGUAU